UUUUUUGAUUUUGUCUUCUUCUUCCAUUGACGAAAGCAUGAAGGUCUUGCCCCUCGCGUAAGGAAAACGGACUGAAUUCGGAGUGGCUGCGCGGCGCGUUAGCCAUGGAAGUGAUGACUCAUUCGUCGGCAUUCCUCCUCCCCCCGCCGCCCGCCGACAGCAACGGCCCCUCGCCGACGUACGCGCUCGUCAUCCUCAACCAGCGCCUGCCACGAUUCAUCCCCACGCUCUGGAAGCACGCACGGCUUCGUGUGUGUGCUGACGGUGGAGCCAAUAGAUUGUAUGAUGAUUUGCCGUUGCUAUUCCCCGGUGAAGAUGCUCUGGCUGUUCGUGAGAGGCACGUUCCGGAUGUGAUAAAAGGAGACAUGGAUUCGAUUAGAGAAGAGGUUUUGACAUCAUAUAAAAAUAUGGGAACCAAGAUAGUUGAUGCUUCUGAUGAUCAAGACACAACUGAUCUGCAUAAAUGCAUCUUAUAUAUUCAAGAUCUGCCAAAUCUGAAGAACCAAAAUCUUUGCAUACUCGUUGCUGGAGCUCUUGGCGGAAGAUUCGACCAUGAAAUGGGAAAUAUCAACGUCCUCUGCAAAUUCCCACAUAUGCGAAUUGUCCUCUUAUCCGACGAUUGCCUCAUACAACUACUACCAAGCAGUCAACAUCAUGAGAUCCACAUCCAAUCUGCUGUCGAAGGACCACAUUGUGGCCUCAUUCCCAUCACCGGACCUUCAAAGCGCAACAGAACGACGGGGCUUCAGUGGAACCUAGCUGAUACAGAGAUGAGUUUUGGUGGCCUGAUCAGCACAUCAAACGUUGUGAAAGGAGAAGUAGUAACUGUGGAAUCGGAUGCCAAUCUUCUAUGGACAGUAUCCCUCAGAAAGGGAAGUUGAUUUGGGGAAUGCUUUUGAUCUAUAUUGCAAAAUAUAUUUUUGUCCAUAUUCCAUAGCUUUUGUUACUGGACAAUUGAUUUAUUAGAAAUUUAAAUCUCUGAGCUGUGCUAUAUAUAUCCCUCAGAAAGGGAGUUGAUUUGUGUUGUAUUCUAAUAAGGCUGUACCCAAUAAACUUGUUUUCUGUUAAUUAUUUCGCAGAGUAAAACGCAUUUUCAAAAGAAAG